AUGACGCUGGGCCCCGGCCCACACGGGGGGCUCACGCGGCCGCUCACCCAUCAGGAGCGCGAGCUCAUCAACCACCUCGACCGCCUCAAGUUCUUUCUUGCCACCGCACCGUCGCGCUGGAGCGCAGACGGCCCCGGCGACCCGCACAUGCUGCCCAUCGGGCACCCGAGCUCUGCACACCCCGCGCUAAACCGCUUCCUGCUGCCCAACCAGGAGUAUGUGUCAUGUGUCCUCUGGGGCGGACUGUACCACAUCACCGGGACAGACAUCGUCCGAGCGCUGGUGUUCCGGUUCGAGGCGUUCGGCAGGCCCGUGCGGAACAUGAAGAAGUUCGAGGAGGGGGUCUUCAGUGACCUCAGGAAUCUGAAGCCUGGCGUCGACGCGUGCCUCGAGGAGCCCAAGUCUCCCUUCCUCGACCUGCUGUUCAAGUACCAGUGUAUUCGCACCCAGAAGAAACAGAAGGUCUUCUAUUGGUACGCGUUCUCCGUACCACAUGACCGCCUGUUCCUCGACGCCCUCGAGCGCGACCUUAAACGGGAGAAAAUGGGCCUCGAGCCCACCACCAUUGUGGUUGGCGAGCCCGCGCUCUCAUUUACGUACGACCCUAAGCGGUCGCUAUACGAGCAAUUCAGCAAGGCCCAGACCGGCGAAGGCGAACUCGAGGCCGCCGUCCGCCUGGCGGAGUCCACGGACAGUGAUGGCGACACAGCCGACGGCGCGGCGUCUUCUCAGAAGGCAGCCGACUCGGAUCUCUCUGCCGACGAAGCCGGCGACGACGGUGCGCGCGCAGCGCAAGGCGUGCCGAAGAAGCUGCCCUCCGCGCUGCAGGGCCCGAACUCGCCGUUCUUCUCCAUGUUCUCGCUCUUCGAGGGCUCGCCGACGUACAAGCAGCGGCGCAAGAAGGCGCACAAGAACGCCGCGCGGCGCUCCCCCAGCGCGUACGGGUACGGCGCGGGGCCGUUCGCGCCCGGGCCCGGGGAGCCGCCGCACAUCGACGAGUUUGGCCGCGUGCACGGCGGCGGCGGCGUGCGCGCGCCCGAGCCGCACGUGGACCGCUUCGGGCGCGACACGAGCCGCAUGAGCGCGGCGGAGAUGUUCGUCGCGCAGGCGCGCGGCGACUUUGGCGCGCAGAGCAAUCCGGACCUCAUCGCGUCCCAGAAGGAGCGCCAGCGCCGCGCGAUGGAGGUCGUCGCGUCGUCUGCUGGGCGCCAUGGCCAGCCGCCGUACGCGAAUGGCCUCCCGGCGCUGCCACGCUCCAAGGCGUUCGUGUGCCCGCUCUUCUCGUGCGGCCGCAUGUUCAAGCGCAUGGAGCACCUCAAGCGGCACCUGCGCACCCACACGCUCGAGCGCCCGUACCAGUGCGAGCACUGCAAGAAGCGCUUCUCGCGCUCGGACAACCUCAACCAGCACUACCGCACGCACGGGCGCGCCGCGCCGGCCGACCAGGGCGCCGCGGACGGCGAGCAGGACGUCGACGAGCUCGAGGGCGACGACGCCGCGCUGGACUACAUCGGCGACGUCGCGAGCAUGGCGAACGUGCAGAUGUACGAGGUCGAGGUGCAGGGCCAGGUCCAGGAGAUCCAGGGCGACGAGGAGGGCCUCGUGAUGGCGACCAGCGCGAUGGCGCCCCCGAUGCCCACCGCGAUGGACACGCUCCCGGACGACGCGCAGGAGCCGUACUACGCCGAGCAGCUGAGCCAGCUCGUCGGCGGGUCCCCUGAGCAGAACGCGUUUGGCGCGACGAACAACAGCCCGCCGCAGACGCAGUGGGCCGGCGUCCGCCCGCAGUCGAGCAUGUCGUACACCGCGACGAGCGUCGCGGCGCACCAAAUGCGCCUCUCGCCGUCGUACGGCGACUACGCGACGUCGCUGUCCGCGCCGUCGCACAAGGCGACGUUCGACCACGGCGCGCUGUACCCCGCGGACCUCGACAUGGGCGGGCCCGGCCCCAUCCGCCGGCACCGCAGCGUGACGCCGUCAGUGAAGUACGGCGAGGCGAUCCGCCGCCCGUUCUCGGCAGCCAUCUCGGACCACGGCGCGGGCCGCUCGUACCACCCGUACGCCGUGCCCGGGCACCACCACGCGCACUCGGCCGAGUCGAGCCCGAUGGCGUACAGCGUGCCGCUCGGGUACGGCGCGCCGCAGCAGGCGCAGGCCAUGACGGUGCCCGCGAGCCGCGCGCACUCGCGCUCGAGCUCGAGCGGGCAGCUGCAGGAGCAGAUGUCGCAGAUGCUCAACAUCGAGCACAUGGGCGCGGAGCAGCAGCAGCAGCAGCAGCAGCAGCAGCAG